CCUCCUCCCUACUUUUUCUUUGCUUUCCUUUUUCUCUUCCAAGAAUCUCUCUUUAUUUUCCUCUUUUCAUUUUCUGUCUGCUACCUGUUUCCAUGGAUGUUAUACCUAUGCGGUCUUCCAGCUUGGAGCUAACCAUAUCCGUACCUGGAUUCACUUCAUCUCCUUCUCUUCCUUCAUCUGCAGGAGAAGGGGUUUGUGGGGUGAGAGAUUUGGACAUAAACCAAGUACCGUUGGGAGCAGAAGAAGAAUGGACGACUGGAAGCAUGGAAGACGAAGAGGAGAGUGGAAAUGGAGGUCCUCCUCGCAAGAAACUUCGACUCUCAAAGGACCAGUCUCGUCUCCUUGAAGAAAGCUUCAGACAAAACCACACCUUAAACCCUAAACAGAAAGAAGCUUUGGCAAUGCAAUUGAAGCUCAGACCAAGACAAGUUGAGGUCUGGUUUCAAAACCGUAGAGCCAGGAGCAAGCUGAAGCAGACUGAGAUGGAAUGUGAAUACUUGAAGAGAUGGUUCGGGUCACUGACGGAGCAGAACAGGAGGCUACAGAGGGAAGUGGAGGAGCUGAGGGCCAUGAAGGUGGCCCCCCCAACCGUCAUCUCACCCCACAGCUGCGAGCCUCUUCCCGCUUCCACGCUCACUAUGUGCCCUCGCUGCGAGCGCGUCACCACCACCUCACUCGGCAAGGACCCCACCAAUCGCACCACCUCGCCCACCCUGUCCUCCAAACUCCCCACCGCCCUCCAUUCCCGACACUCUUCGGCGGCUUGCUGACCCACCUUUCCCAGAACAGGGAAAAACAUAUUUAGAGAAUGUUCAUAUACUAGUAGAUUUACUUUACACACAUCUGUUUUGGGGGUUAUAUUAUAUUAAUAUCAUAUGAUAUCUUAUCAUUUGGGGGCAUCCAUUAAUUUUACUCACUUCUACCUUUUUCAUUAGUUUAAUGGGUUAAAUGUUUUGUUUGGUUGA